ACUGCGCCCUUUUUUGGAUUUUCCUCCGAGCCUUUUGACCCGUCGUAUCCAAGGUUUAGUGACGAAUUGUCCGACUGAUUGAAUGGGUCGCAUCAAGUUUUUGGCAGUGCUGUAAAACGAGCCAUCAAUACAUCACCACCUAAACUGAUCCCGACCUUAUAAGUCGGCGAAAGUUGUCUUCUGCGACUCGAUAACUUGUGCCCGGUCCAACUGCAUCGCAGCAUUGUGAUUGCACCAAUACCCUUUUUUUUUGCAUCUCGCCCUCAAUCCAUCUCAUACUCGAGAUUCUAAUUAUGGCUACCGCUGACGAUUUGCCUUGGCCUGAGCUUGGAAAUGUCUCCCGUGGCGCGACGAGGGGAAAUCAAGGGCAAAAAGGGGUUCUUGGGCCUCCAGACCGUGAAGGCCGGUGCAAUUUGCAGCUACGGGUGCAACCCGGAGUACUGGCGGUGCGUCUCAACCGUCAGGCCAGCGACUGGUAUCGGAUUCUAGACAGCGAGGUUAAUCGUGCUCUCAAGUUGACCAAGACGUACUGGCGGAAGGCCAGGAGACGGCAGGACUACGAUGCACGCGCGGACCAGGACCAUAUGGAGCUGCACGAAUGGCUCCAGCAGCUCAAAGACAAAACCAUGUCACACCUGGAACUCUUGAUGCAGAAAGGCGACAUUCAGGGACCCCCCUACGUUAUGGCCGAUGACAUCGAGCUAACGUUCCUGCGCAAGUUCAUUGAACGCCAGGCCUCGGGUAUACCUCACAACCCUCGUUUGCGCAACUCUAUGGGGGAGACUGGGUACACGAUCCGCGAUGACCACUCUAUAGAUUCAGGGUCACCCGACGCCUCUGACCACGGAUACGGGGACCACAAAAUGCGAACAGCAGGCAGCUUUAUGGUUUCAUCACGAAAUUCCCAGUCACCGUCCCUUCGCAAUCCUGAAACGUUGGCGCAGGAAGCGAGUACAUCCAAACAAGCGCUCCUAUUGUCCCGCACUACUCUUUCUAAGACACAAAAAGAUACACAAGAUGCGUUUCUUCGGUAUACUGCGUGUCUUGAUGCUGAACGUCAAGCACGUCAGUCCGUUGCUGCUGCAGAAAAGCGCAGAGAUGAUAUCAUGGCCGCUCUUCUUUCCAUGAAUCAGAGUGCAGUCGACCAACAGUCGAGACACUCCUCCCUAUCCCUCGACGAAAGUCAAAGGUACCAUGCAGAGGUGGUAUCUCGUGCUAGUGCAAAAUUGGACUGGACGGAAGCCGCUGAUGCUCAAGCGGUUUACGCAACUGAGCCAUUAACUCAACUCGAGGAUCCCUCGAACCGGAUGGUCCGCAAACACUCACGGACGUGGGAUGAUACACCACUGCAACAAGACGGCCAAUACAAUUGCGAAGAUAUUUCCGCUAUGCCUCCACGGAAGAGAAUGAACGUCAGCGCGGGUAUGAUGACGGGGUUCGACAUGCUGAACAGCGCAGCAAUGCAGGUCCAACCACAGAAUAUGACAUUACCAUGAACGAUACCCUUGCAUUUUAUUACCACUCAUGACCACAACCACCAGUGAUGAUUAUUUAUUCCUUAUUGCGAUCCUGCUAUUAUAUUUGCUCUCUAUCUUUACUGUAUAGUAUAUGUAUUAUUAGUAGACAAACCGCGAAAGUAUUUACUGUAAAGCCUCAGGUCAAUAAUUUUUCAUGACGCUCGGCC